AUGCUACGCAUCCCUUGCCCACACGCUGUCGUUGCCGCAAUCCCUACGAGGACAAGGGUUGACACUUUGGUGGCUUCUAAGUACACCACCACGUUCUGGAGAAAGGCGUACGAGUGCAGCAUAUACCUGGUAACAGCACCGAUCCCGACCGUUGCAGUUGGUGACGACUUUUCAGGACUGAAUUUGCUUCCGCCUCGUACUAGGCGACCACCGGGGAGGCCGCGCAAGAUACGUAUCCGUUCCCGCGGAGAGUUUGAGGGAACCCAGCCAAGCCUGUUCCGAGUUUGUGGUCGCUGUGGUGGAUUCGGUCACAACCGCGCCACGUGCAAGAUGCCUAUUUAG